AUGGCCUUCGCAUCCGUUUUCCGGAACUCAAUUCCCUAUUUUUGGAAGUUCCUCAACCCUCUCUCCUUCUCCUCAUCAGCACCACCACCAACAACGCCAGUUUCAGGCGACAAUUUGGUGUGCGCCGCCGUCUCAAUCCUCAAGCACCACCGCUCAAAAUGCCGGUGGUCUAACCUCCGCUCGCUCCUCGCCACCACCAAAACCACCCCAUCUCAAUUUUCCGCUAUCUCCCGCCAAAUUCGCAACAAUCCUCAAUUGGUCCUUCGUUUCUUUCACUUCACUCUCCGGCACUCUCUCUCUUCACACUCUCUCACCUCCUACGCCACCGUCAUUCACAUCCUCUCUCGCUCAAGGCUCAAGUCCGAGGCCCUAGACGUGAUAAAAUCAGCCCUUUGUGCAUUUUCUGAAGCUCAGCAGGUAACACCGUUAGCAAUUCUUGAGGCACUGAUGAAAUCUUAUAGAACUUGUGGUUCUGCACCCUUUGUGUUUGAUUUGUUGGUCGUAGCUUGUUUAGAAGCGAAGAAGAUUGAUCUCGCUAUUGAGAUUUAUUCAACUUUGAAGUUGAAGAAUGUCUUACUCCGAACCAAUACUUGCAACUCGUUGAUUGAAUUGGUUUCAAAGAGUAGAGGUUGUUUUGCUGGAUACGAUUUGUAUAGGGAGAUUUUUUAUGUUGAUGCUGAGAAUUUGGAUAGGAACGGAAGAUGCAGUGUGGGAUUUUCUCCAAAUGCAAAUACACUGAAUGUGGUUAUGGUUGGUUUCUAUCGAGAAGGUUUGAUGGAUAAGGUUGAGGAAUUAUGGAAAGAAUUCGAGAGAGUUGGCUGUGUGCCGAAUGUGUAUAGCUUUAAUGUGUUAAUGGCUGCGUAUUGUGAUGAUGGGAAAAUGGAGGAUGCCAUGAGAUUAUGGAGGGAAAUAGAUGAUCAAGGCUUGCAACAUGACACGGUGUCUUAUAAUGCGAUUAUCGGUGGUUUUUGCAGGUUUGGAGAGGUUUCAAAAGCUGAGGAGAUUUAUAGAGAGAUGGUGAUGAAAGGACUCGAGAGCACUUGUCUUACUUUUGAGCAUCUUAUAAAUGGGUAUUGUAUAGUUGGGGACCCUGAUUCUGCAAUGCUGGUGUAUAAGGAUAUGCACAGGAAGAAUUUCAGUCCAGAUAGUUUGACUGUUAAUGCCAUGGUUAGGUUGCUGUGUGAAAAGAAUGAAAUUUCAACUGCAAUUGGUUUUUGGAAGAUGGUAGUAAAGAAUGACAGGGUUUCCAUGGAGAAGGAGAAUUAUGCAAGUAUGAUAAGGGGAUUAUGUGGGAAGGGAAUGAUGGAAGAAGCUUUAGAGCUUCAGGCAGAGAUGGCGGUGAGAGGGUUUGAACCAGAUUUGGUGAUUUAUAGUUCAUUUAUUGAUGGAUAUGUGAAAGAGGGCAACGGAAUAAUGGCCGGUAAACUGAGGGAAGAAAUGCACUGUAGGCAGACUUCCGAAGAGUAG